AUGAACGAUUCUCAGAGUCAAACUUCAUCAUCGGAGCCAAACCCAGAAGAAUUCCAUCAACAUCACCAUCAUUUUACUUCGGAGAGUAUGGAAGAAAACGUGGAUGAUCAGGAUGAUUUGGAAAUGAGAGAAAUUUUGGAACAUUUGAAUGAAGAAGAUACAGAGGAAGAGUUUGAGUAUUAUGAAAGAGAAAAAUAUAUUAAUCAUCACAUUGAGGAAAAUCAAGCUCAUGAGAAUCAUGAAGAAGAGCAAGUACAAAAUGGAGAAUUAAGAUUUGUUUGUGACACUACCAUUCCAGGAGUGGCAAAGCACUUGAGAAUGCUCGGAAUUGACACAUUGCAUGACAAUAAUUACAGUCAAAAUUAUAUUCUCUACCUCGCAAGAACUCAAAAAAGAAUGAUCCUUACAUACAGCUUGAAAAUGCAGAAAAAAAUUCAUCAAAUUCGAAACAAUCUUCAAAAAAAGAGAGAACGACUUGAGGAGUUGAAAAAACGAUUGCAAACAUUAAUAGAGCAGGAAGAACAGGAAGCUCAGAAUGGAAAGUCUACAGUUGUCGAUAAAAACUGUCUCACCUAUGAUAAAUGGAAAGACACACGUGAAAAAUUACAAACACGAAUUGAGCAAUAUGAAAUGGACCUAUCAGAUCCUCUGUUGAGUUAUCAUUACGAUUAUUAUCUUUUAAAAACUAAAGGAAGAUACAACCAAAUUUCAGAAGUUGUGAACCAUUUCAAAAUCAGAUAUGUACCUGAAAAGUUAUUCACACGUUGUGCAUCAUGUAGUGGAACACUCAGAAAAAUUGAAAAUAAGGAAUCUGUAAAACAUUUAUUGGAACGAAAUACGUAUGAUGACAAUGAUCAUUUUUCCAUGUGCAAUCGAUGUCAUCAAUUGUUUUGGGGAAUUCAUAUUGAAAAUCCAACCCAGAGGGAAGCUGUUGAGAAAGCAAUUGCAUUUUGUAAGGAGUAUUCGUAUCAUGGCGAAGAGGAUGAUGGUGUGACACUAUCGAGUGCAAAGGACACCAAAUCUGGCAGCGACAACAACAAUGAAGCUAUCACUAAUACCUCCUCAUCCGAUCAAACAUCAACAUCAGUCACACCGAGUACAAUGAAUUAA